AUGGACACCACACUCCCAGACGCUUCUGCUCCGGCUCCUGCGAAUUCAGCGAAUUUUUUCAGCUCAAAUGCUGCUCUGGCCGGUGCCACGGGCACAGAGGAUAGCGCUUCUAAGAUCAAAGUCACCGAACCCCCCAAGUUUGAGCUUGAAUCCUAUAUUUCCAAUUAUAAGGGACGCACACGUUUCAACCGACUUUAUCUGAUCGGUAUCACCUCGACUGUACUUGCCACCGAUGCUCUCAAGCUCGCGAUAGCUGAGGCUCAAUCUGGGAAGGAUGUUGGGCGAUAUGACAGAUCGGUCCGGGCCCUUGCCGAAGUCGCGCCGUCUGAAAAGGAAGCUUCUCUCGAUUCUGUUUGGGUUCAAGACAUCCAGCGUAGCGUGAGGGCCCAAACGGAUCGUCUGGAAGGUGAACUUCGAGGCUACAAGAACAACUUGAUUAAAGAAAGUAUUCGAAUGGGCAAUGAAGAUCUAGGUAACCACUACUACGAAACAGGUGACCUUAUCUCUGCUUCUAAAGCCUACUCUCGAAUGCGUGAUUACUGUACUACCCCGAACCACGUUGCAUCUAUGCUCUUCAAACUUAUUAGCGUCUCAAUGGAGCGUAAUGACUGGCUUGGCGUGCAAUCCUAUGUGCACCGUCUGCGAAACUCUUCAUCCAAGCCGGAGGACUUAUUCAAAUAUCUCCCUAAGACAGGUGUUGCCCUGGCUUUAGCACAGAUGCAUCAGCGCUCAUAUCUGGAGGCUGCCAAUACUUUCCUAUCUAUUGAUGUUAGCUUGGGCGAGACCUAUCAGGACGUGAUUAACCCCAACGACGUAGCUGUGUAUGGUGGUCUUUGUGCUCUGGCUUCCAUGGACCGCAACGAAUUGCAGCAACGUGUCUUGGACAACAAUUCCUUCCGAAACUUCCUAGAGCUUGAGCCACAUAUCCGGCGUGCAAUUACCUUUUUCUGCAACUCCAAAUUCCGUCUCUGUCUUGACAUCCUGGAGGCCUACCGCGCCGAUUAUUUACUCGAUCUUCAUCUCCAGCCUCAUGUUAACGAUCUAUACAGCCGCAUUCGUACAAAAUCUAUUCAACAGUAUCUUGUGCCCUUCAGCAAUGUCACGCUUGAAUCUAUGGCGACCAUCUUUGCCCCUGGCGUGGUGGGUGGUCAAGCCCAGCCGAUCGGCCUCAAGUCUCCUUUUGUUCAGGAGCUCAUUCGCCUUAUCAAAGAUGACAUUCUUCAAGCUCGCAUUGACCUUGAGAAGGGCUUACUCGUUUCUAAUCAAGCCAACCUGAGAGCUGAUGUCCAAUCCCAGGCACUAGAAAGCUUGAAAGAUUUCAAUCGAGAGGUCCACUGGCGUCUUCUACGUAAUUCCGUGAUCAACGCUGGACCGCAAGCGCCACCUACUGCUGCGGAUCGACGUCAGCGACGAGGUCCAGAUGUCGGGCUAGGAAUGAGCGGUGAUGAUGCAUUUGCUUCGCUCAGCAGCACUGCAUAA